AUGGCAACGCCGAGCGGCAGCAGCAUCAGCGAAUACUUCAGCUGCAGCACCUGCUCCUCCUACCACACCUGUCCUGACUGCCUGCACCUGCACCACCUGCUCGACGACCAUGACAGGCCCCCGUCAGGAGACGGACAGGUGCUGGAAGAGGUGCUGAGUGCAGCGCGGCCCCGGCGAUCUCUCCUGAAGAAGUCGCACAGCGCCGAAGACGCGCGAGACAUCGCUGCCGAAGUGGCAGCCCAGGUCACGGCAGAGGCGCUGCAGCAGAAGCACCUGCAGCGUCAGGAGGAUCUCUUGCAGCAACAGAAAAAACAAGAUGGAGACGCUGUUUGCCACACGAGAGGCAGAAGAGACAUCAGCAGCCAAAGUCCGUCAAGCUCUUCUAGGUCGACUUCUGGUAGAAGAGGCAGGCCGUCAAUUCACCCCGACGCUGCUGGCCGCUGGCGUUCCCGCUCCCGUUCCCUGACCAAAGAAGUCGUGCAGUCUUUCCUUCACUUCCACGAGACGGUCCUCAGGCGGAGCAGAUCUGGUUCUAGAUCCAGGAAAAGUUCUAGCGAAAGCUUGACGCGCCAACUUGCGGAGGAGCAGCGAGCCGAAGACGAGCGCUGGCUCCAGCUGCAACGAGCUGCUGAAGACUACUUGCUCGGCGAGAGAUCUACUCGAGCCGACGAGCAUCCAUCCACAUUUUCCAUGAAGGCCAACGAUGCAAAUCUCGAACGUUCUUCUCUUGACACGAGCAAUCCAUUCGAAACUGCGCCGGAGGCGUCAUCUUUACAGCGUGGUUACGAGCGAGGUGCCUACGAACCUAUGGAUGACAAAGAUGCAUACUCAAACUCUGAACUGCUUGGUGCAAGAUACCACGAAGGUACUAUGGUACCAGUACCUGUUGCAGAUUACCAAGAAGAACAAUUGCUUCACGGGAAGCGUUACGACGUCCUAAAGGAUCAGGAUCCGAUUGGGACUUCCUUUUCGGGUGAAGACGCCAUGGAAGCGACACGUUACGACUCGCAUAUUCCAGACCAAUGGGAUGGGCCGGAAGAAUUGCCUAAAAAUGGUAAACUAGGCGUAUCAACCGACGAGGAUCCCGACAAAUGGCACAAGGAGUAUCUUCGUCGAGCGGAAAAACAACAUUUGGAAAAUUUAAGCAGAGAGAGAGAAGAGGAACUGCGGGCCUCGCGAUCCGAAGAGCAGCAAUGGCCAGAAGCGCUGACUGAAGCAGAGGCGACAUCUGGGAUGGCAGAUCAGGCCACUGGUGGACUGAUGGCUGACUUCGAGAGAACUGAAGAUAGUUCUAUGAGCGGCCUGCCUGCACCAGUUAUCGGGCCUCCUGCGCCUGCAGGUGCCUGCACCAUCUUACUGCACGCAGACGACGACGCUAUUCCUGCUCUGCAGCUCUCCAUUUGGCCACCUGCUUCAUGGGUAUCUUUCCCGUACCCUGUUGGCUCCUGUGCUUCCGCUCCUCACAUCCCCCACUUGACUUUACUUGAGGCGCAGUCGCUUUGUAGUUCACCUCCUGCAUGCAUAACUUCUCACUCUUCCACCUCUCCCACUUCUUCCCCCAUCCGACCGCACGUGUCGCCCAUUGCUUCCACUAACGUCACCGGUGGCUCUGCCUUAACGCGCUCCAAAUCAUCCCCUUCACUAACUGAAUAUUUCGAGCGCGGUGACCACUCCUGUCCUGCCAUACGUAGGCCUCUUAGCAAGCUCAACUUAUCAAGCUUUUACCGAGACAUUCCUCCGCGCCCAAGAACUGACCUUCGUCUGCACCAAACAUCCGGUGAAGAACUGGUCAUCCUCCCGCCGCUGGAACCAGAAAAAGGAUUGAUGGAUGACUUGAGGCAGCCAUCACAGGACAACGGUAAUGCAGAGGGUGAAAAUAAACCCGGAGACAAGAUUAUUCAACAAUCACAAAAUGAGGUUGAUGCCGGAAUAAAACCGCUUCCAGAAAAGGAAUAUACGAUCGACUUCUCUCGGGAAUUGGAAGAUGAAUCAGUCGAAUCGGAGUUUGUUAGGUAUGAAGAUCUCGCCCCUUCAGAAAGACCCGAGUCUCCGAAAUAUUUUUAUCACUCGUUUGCUGAAAUACAGGGUUCUCUAAAUCCAUACUGCAUUGAUGACUAUGGUUAUGAUAACAAUGUUGAUUUUGCUAGAGUGGAUGAAAUUAUAGCUGAAGAGGACGAAACAAACGCAACUGACAACACGUACGAGAAUGUACCUUACACCGUACAAUCGCCCACGUCUGAUUCAUACGUUUCUAUGGACACGGAAGUCCUGUAUUCAAGACUGACACCUCCCCGGCCAGCCCCACCUCGUGAGGACAUGGACACCACACCGCCUCCUCGGCCCGCUCUCCCCACUGUCCUGGUGGACACAAGACCCAAACGCCGCUUUUCCUUGCCCACCAUCCCCGAAGAUGAGGUCAUGAUACUUACUUCUUCCUCUUUCCUUCCAGAAAGCGUAACUCUUGGUUCAUCCUCUCUCAGGCGCGAUGAAACUCCACCGCUAACGCCACCCACUCUGAGAGCAGAAGAUGCUGACCGAGAAGAGCACAGCUUUGAUACUCGUGAUGAGUUGCAAGAAGACGACGACGACGUCGAAGAAAUCGAAGAAACGUUGCUUGAAAGUGACAGUGAGAUCGACGAUGUUGCGGCAGAGGCCCCGGUUGAGAGCAGCCCCUCCCCUUCACCUACUCCACCCCCUCCUGUUGCUCCCCCCCGGCAGCGGUCCCGGAAAGCCUCUCCAGAGAGCGUCCAGGAAGAGAACCUUGCCUGGAAGAUGAGGAAGAGCUCGGAAUGGCUGGAGUUGCGCAUCGUGGAGCUGGCGCCCGGCCUCGUGCACCUCGGCUCCAACCUGCAGGAGGCUCAGGCCAUGCAACGCGCGCACCUCGAGGUCCUCACCAAACUGCAGAGCAAGCAGAGUCCCGUGGAGGACCUGCUGAACCAAGCAGACCAGCUCAUCUCGACUCAGCGGCCGCGAGCUGAAGUGUACGCAGCCAUGGCCGAGUCGCUGGGUCUUGCCUGGAAAGAACUCAACCAGCAGCUGGAAACACGCAAGAACCUGCUGGAUCUGGCGGUCAUCUUCCAGACGCGCGCCAGUCGCUACAGCAGCGCGCUGGACGCGGCCGAGAAGACCUACACGGACAACCUCCUACCGACGGAGGUGGAGACCUGCCGGGAGCUGAUCAGCGCCCUGCACGACCACAAGCGCGCCGUGCUGGAGGCCUCCAUGCACACGCUGCAGGAGGGGCAGGUCCUCCUCGCCAGGCUCAGGGGGCUCCUGCACGAGGGCGCCACGAUGGACUCCAGACCGCAGCACAUCAGGAUCAGCAUUGACUUCGCCUGCAGCCAGGUAGAGCACCAGCUCGAGGCGCUGCACGACCGCCGCCGCUUCCUCGACGGCCUCUUCGCGGCGCGCCGCCUGCACCUCGACCAGAGCCUUGCCCUCGCCCUGCUCUACCAGGACCUGACGCAGACGGUGGUGUCCCUAAGAACGCUGCGGGACGAGGUGUCCCACAACCAGGACCUCGGCGCGUCCCAGACGCAGGCUGAAGUCCUACAGCUCGAGCAUCAGCCGCGGGACGGCAGGGCCAGGGCUCGCGCAUACGGCGAGCGAGACGUGCUCUUCUUCAGGCUCGCGCAUACGGUGAGCGGGGCGUGCUCCUCUUCAGGCUCGCGCAUACGGUGA